UAUAAAGUGAGGCUGAGCCCAGCGCCUCCAUUCGUGCGUAACGCGUGAAAAGGACGUGCGUCGCCGUUUGAGUCUGCAUCACUCACCAUAAGGUCGGACCAUGCUGCGGGUCAGGUGUCUCAGAGGAGGUAGCAGGGGCGCAGAGGCCGCCCAUCUGAUUGGAGCCAUGUUGGGGCGCGCAGUGACGGGCUGGGCGCAGAGGGCGCAGAGGGCGCUGCAGAGCACUUCCAGCGCCGCUGUGGCCGAGCCGCACCUGGAGGACGAACACGUUACUGACCCACAGCACGAGGACUGUCCCGUGAGCAGCUACAACGAAUGGGACACACUGGAGGAGGUGAUCGUGGGCCGCGCCGAGAAUGCACACGUGCCUCCCUUCACUGUGGAAGUGAAAGCUAACACUUAUGAGAAGUACUGGCCUUGGUAUCAGAAGUAUGGAGGCCAGUCUUUUCCUGCGGACCACUUGAAAAAAGCAGUUUCUGAAAUUGAGGAAAUGUGCAAUAUUCUGCGCCAUGAGGGAGUGACGGUGAGACGCCCCGAGCCCAUCGACUGGUCUAUGGUUUACAAGACUCCAGACUUUGAAUCCUCCGGUAUGUAUGCAGCUAUGCCCAGAGACAUCCUCAUCGUGGUGGGUAACGAGAUCAUCGAAGCCCCUAUGGCAUGGAGGGCGCGGUUCUUUGAGUACAGAGCCUACAGGCCCCUGAUCAAGGAGUACUUCAAGAAAGGAGCCAAAUGGACCACUGCUCCCAAACCCACAAUGGCCGAUGAGCUGUAUGAUCAGGAUUACCCCAUCCGCACGGUGGAGGACCGACACAAGCUCGCGGCUCAGGGGAAGUUUGUGACCACAGAACACGAGCCCUGUUUCGACGCUGCCGACUUCAUCCGAGCGGGACGCGACCUGUUCGUCCAGAGGAGCCAGGUCACAAACUACAUGGGAAUAGAGUGGAUGCGCCGCCAUCUUGCCCCCGAGUACAAAGUGCACGUGAUCUCCUUCAAAGACCCAAACCCCAUGCACAUCGAUGCCACUUUUAACAUCAUCGGCCCGGGACUGGUGCUGUCAAACCCGGAUAGACCAUGUCGCCAGAUCGACAUGUUUAAGAAGGCUGGCUGGACUGUUGUGAAACCUCCAACACCUUUGAUUCCUGAUGAUCAUCCCUUGUGGAUGUCGUCCAAAUGGCUCUCAAUGAACGUUCUGAUGUUGGAUGAGAAGCGUGUUAUGGUCGAUGCCAAUGAGACCACCAUCCAGAAGAUGUUUGAAAGUCUCGGCAUCCAGACCGUUAAGGUGAGCAUUCGUCACGCUAACUCACUCGGAGGCGGCUUCCACUGCUGGACCACAGACGUGCGUCGCCGUGGGACACUGCAGUCGUACUUCCAUUAGCCACGCCAGAAAUGGGCAGUUUUUAUUGAGCUGUGGACAUAGCGUCUCAGUCCGGAUAUUAGCGUUAUACCUAAACAUUAUAAGACUGUCAUGGAAAAAGACACUGAUGAACGAAAUAAAGACGAUUGACUUAUUUCAUGCAAGAAAUAGGUCCAACAGAGACAAACAACAGCGUCUCCCCCAAAGUCUGACCUCUGACUGAUUACAUCUAUAGUCAAAUACAUUACAAAAAAAUAAAUAAAAACACACACAAUAUUAAAAUUUCCUUUACACUAGCAUGUUUCCCUGCGUAGUUGUGUCCGGAUUGGGUCUUUAUGUCCAAAACGUUUGAAUUGUUUGAUUUGACAGCGGUGCAUUUGAACUGUGCCUUUUGCAAACAGCUUGAGAAAAUCAUUUAAAAAAAUCCAGUUUCUUCUCAAAUCUCAAUAUUAACUGCAUUUCUGGCCUGGCUGCUGCAACGCUCCACUCUCGAAGGCGGAAACAUCUGGAAGCAUUAACUCCGAGGAUAAGGUACAAUUUGGUACGUGAGUGUCACCAUAAAAAGGGACUGCUAGCUCCUCAUCCAACAUUUUUCCAAACUUUCUUUUUUAUUUAAACAUGUAUAGACGUUGUAGGUCAUUAAAACUAUAAUAAAUAUUUCUUAUGACUGGUAUAUACUUUGUAAAGGUUUCCUGUUUAUAUUUUAUAUUAUUGGAUUUUCCCACUAAUAUUUUUUUUUAUAUUUGAGAAGAGGUCCAUAUCCGAUCCUAUUGUACACUUUUUGCCUCUGUUGUUAUCUUCUAAUGCAAAACUGGGCCAGUAACAUGCUGCAUUCUCACUGCUUAGCUGCUUCUACGGCUUCAGAAUCUAGACAGUUUGUUGUGAAGUAAAGUAAUUCCUCUGAUGCAUUCAAAGUCUUAACCUGCUUUUUUUGUGUUUACGACGCUCCUCAAAGGAAUGCGAGCUGUCGUGUUUUUGUGAAUAAUGUGAAUAAAAUGGAAAAGUCAUCA